UCUUUGGUCUGUCUCUCUCUGCUGGGAGUGGCCGCCGAUGGACUUCCUGGAGUUCUGUCGAUACAUGAUAUCAGACCAGAGGGAGAACCAUUGCGGAGUCCUCGCACAGAGACGCAGUGGAGGAAUAAAGACGCUCUUCAGCUGAGGCUAUGCGGAUAACUUUUUCCUGGAGGUUGGUUAAGUUACUCGGCGUUUCAGCUGUGCUGGUCCUGUCUGCUCAGCUUUUACUGUUUACAGUAAGGCUGGGUAAACACCAGGCCAAGCCCAUCCCUCUUCCUGCAGAGGAGUACCGGCUCAUAUCCCCCCUCACAUACCAGUACCUCCUCAACCAGCCUGAUGUGUGCAGGGACAGAAGCCCCUUCCUGGUGUUUAUGGUCCCGGUCUCCCCGCAGCAGUUUGCAGCAAGGGAGGCCAUCAGGAAAACAUGGGGCACAUCAAGCCCGGACACCCUCACUCUGUUCUUUGCAGGGGCUGGGCAGGGGCUCCAGCAGGAGCUGGAGGAGGAGAGUGGACAGUAUGCCGAUAUCAUCCAGAUGAACUUUGUAGACAGUUAUCAGAACCUGACAAUCAAAACCAUGAUGAUGAUGAGUUGGCUGGCAACCCACUGUCCUAAGGCCUCAUACGGCAUGAAGGUGGACUCGGACAUCUUUGUCAAUGUCUUCUACCUCAUUAAAAGGCUGAGGAGCUCCCCCAGACUCAACUUCAUCACUGGGUCAGUAAUCCGUGAUGGCAGGCCAAGGAGGAAUCCCAACAGCAAAUGGUAUCUGUCAGAGGAGCUGUACCCUGAGGACAGCUUCCCCCCCUACGUGUCCGGAGCUGGGUAUGUGUUCUCCACUGACCUCGCUGGCAGGAUAUCCUGGGCGUCCAGGUUUGUCCAAGUGAUCCCUCUGGAGGACAUCUACGUUGGUUUGUGUCUGCGUGUGUUGGAUAUUGAGCCUGUGUACUCCUACAGCCUGCUGCCCCUCAGGAACUUGUUCGAAGUCCAGAAGCUGAAGUAUGACCGGUGCACCUUUGCCAGGCUUAUUAUUGUCAACAGGUUUAAGCCAUCUGAGCUAGUGCAUGCCUGGCAGGACUUUUCCAAAGGCCAUGUAAGCUGCUGACAACAUUUACCAAGUGCUUUUACAAUGAAAUAAAAUAAAGUAAGUAGUGUGAUCAUGCAGUAAAGGAAAGAAAGCCAUUACACACACAGCCUUUAAGAUGGUGAGAAAAGAAACUCUUCAGGACCAUGUAGGCAUUUUUAAAGUAAAAACUUCCCUCAGUGCCAGAGGGUCACAUGUCUUACAGAAAGUUUAGUUUCAAAGGACGGUGACGGAAGUAAUUGUUUUUUGUUUUUUUUGCUCAUGUAACAUUCAAAAUUGCAAUUGACUUUUUUUUUAUAUAUAUAAUUUCUGGCAUUACAAAUGCAAAAUCAAGGCUGCAAGUAGCCACUAUUUAGUUUAUUAGUGAAUAAUCUAAAAGAAAUAUAUAAUUUACUGACAAAAAGGAGCAAGCCAUUGUAAUUAAAAGCUAUGCACUAGAGUUAUUCAGUGGAUUCUUUUAUUUUCAUUUAAGCUAUUAUCAAAGUUGUUACAGAUGCAUUUUGCUUUUUAAUAGAUUCAGGUGUCCGAUAUAACUAAAUGUAACUAUAGUAAGAAAAACAACAUGACCAUCAGUUUGAUGUCUGCCUAUAAAGGAGCUUAAGUCCAAAGAGUGAUCGUAUUAUUCAGGUUACUCCUUUACGUCUCUAUCUCUUUGUGUCCCUCAAAAUGAAAGUAUUUAUGCUCUUUAAUUGAACCCCUACUCAAACGAGUUUUACCAGUUGUGACAAAUGUUUGACAAUGCUAUGCUAUGCUAUGUGGUGGCAGGUUCAUCUGGGUACAGCCUGGCUGCAAAGGAAGCAACCGUCCUUUAAUACCUUAAAGACACCCAAGGUGCUUUAGCUUUUCUAUGCUGUAGGUGUAUCUGAGGAAAGUAUAUUUUAUUUUGGUUAUUCUUUGUUUAUUGUGUGAUAAGUUGUGGGUACAUGGAGAAGCAUUACCCCACUUAUGUUAAGGCCUCACGCAAAAACAUCUUCUUAUCCUGUACCUCUCUUACAUUUUUCUAUGAAGUUGACAGGCGUUCCAAAUCGCACUGACCAAGCUGUCUCAACUGGUCAUUGUUGUAAGUUGCUUGUCUUUAGCCUGAUGAAUGUGGAUAUGAACGUUCACUAGCAGCAGCUCUCAUCUUUGUUGAGUGAUCAAGUUGAGUUUCUGAAUCAGCGAAUAUAUGUUGUAGUUACAGAUGACAACCUGCUGGUGGCAGUAUGUGCCUUUUUUUGUAGUGUCGUGUACACUGAAAGGCCUGUGCCUCGAUUAAAAAUGCCGGUUUCGCUGUGACAAGCCUCUUCUUCUUUGCUGUUUGUCAUUUGUGUAAUGAUGGAAUGAUUUUCAAUCACUGGAGAAUAUUGCUAUGCUGGAAUAAAUGUUGGACUAAAUAAAAAGGGAAAGAAAAAAA